GCGCGGGCGAGAGCGAGCGGUGGUUCUGCUUCCUCUCCACUCGCUCACUCCACUCCACUCCACAGUGGCACAGACGCACAGUCUCGCACUCUCGCUCAGAGUCAGAUCACGCCCCUCCCCUCCAUUUCUCUCCUCCCUAUAAAGCGGCGUCCCGAGGCAAGAAUCCAGCCUCCACUACCCCCAGCCGGGCCAGCCCCCCCAAGCCAAGCAGAAUCCUCGCCCCGCAAUGCAGCACCUGGCCGCCGUGCUCCUCGUCCUGGCGGCUACCACCGCGCUGCCGCCCGGCGCGGCGGCGUGGCGCCCGUGGCCGCCGCGCGACAACGCGACGGCUGCGGCGGGCCUUGGCGCGUCCAAGAGGCUGGAGGGCUCGUCGGAGUUCGUGAAGCUGGAGUACCACAUGGGCCCGGUCCUGGCGUCGGCCAUCACGGUGCACCCGAUCUGGUACGGGCCCUGGCCGGCGGCGCAGAAGCGCACGAUCCGCGCGUUCCUCCGCUCCCUGUCGCCUUCUGCCGCCAUCCCUUCGCCGUCCGUGUCGGCGUGGUGGCGCACGGUGCGGCUGUACGCGGACCAGACCUCGGCGAACGUGUCGGCGUCGGUGUCGCUGGGCGCGGAGAAGUCGGACGCGCGCAUGUCCCGCGGCGCGCGGCUGUCGCGCAUGGACAUCCAGGCAGUGGUCCGCGACGCCGUGACGGCGCGCACCCGGCCCCUGCCCGUGGACGCCAGCGGCGGCGUGUACCUGGUGCUCACGUCCCCGGACGUCGCCGUGGACGACUUCUGCGGGCAGGUGUGCGGCUUCCACUACUUCACCUUCGCGUCGGUGGUCGGGUCCACGCUGCCGUACGCGUGGGUGGGCAACUCGGCGCGCAGGUGCCCCGAGGUGUGCGCGUACCCGUUCGCGGUCCCGGCGUACGUGCGCGGGCGCAGGCCCGAGUCCCCGCCCAACGGCGACGUCGGGGUGGACGGCAUGGUCAGCGUCAUCGCGCACGAGCUCGCGGAGAUGGCGUCCAACCCGCUCGCCAACGCCUGGUACGCCGGCGGCGACCCGUCGUUCCCCACGGAGAUCGCAGACCUCUGCGAGGGCAUCUACGGCACCGGCGGGGGAGGGGCGUACACGGGGCAGCUGCUCACGGACGCGCGCUCCGGCGCGGCCUACAACGUGAACGGCGUCGGCGGGCGCAGGUUCCUCGUGCAGUGGGUGUGGAACCCCGUGCUCAGCUACUGCUCCGGCCCCAACGCGCUCGACCAGUAGCUGUUUGGUUUCGGUUUCGUUUCAUCUCCUACUAGGAUGGAAUGGAAUGGGAUUUUACUACGUACCAAUGAAUCGAAUCCUCUAGCGCAUUUGGAUUUUCCUCUCCUCUCCUCUCCUCUCCCCGGGGAAAUCCAUGGGAUGCUUCUGUAUAGAGUUGUUAUUAUCAAUUAAUUAAUGCCACUUUCGGUGGAAGGAAAAGGAA